UGGAGAGAGUCCUCUAAAGGGUCUGCUGAGAAUCUAUUAAACGUCCACCGAGACUCUGCGGGAAAUCUGCCAGUGUUGCCGAGAGUGUGGAGCUGUGAAGUUUGAUGUGUGUGUGGGUUUGUGAGUGUGUGUGUCAGGAUAAAGGUGGUCAGGUGUCGGGGGGGGCGGACCUUUGGCUCAGGUGAGGCAGCAGUGUGAUAUCAGUCGACUCUGAAUUAUUCAGAGCAAACAGGCUGAUAAACACAGCAGAGUGAUUGCACACAGCGAGGUGUUGAACAACGAAACACCUGAACUCACACAUCACCUGGAAUCCAGCCUGCAGACACAGCUCCGGGUGUUGACGUGCUGCUGACACAGAUCUGGGUAAAGAGGGAAGAGAUGAGCAGAAUGAUCGUCAGAACGUCUCCAUGCUGAAAAUCUUUAAGAAGGUCUGGCUGUUGGCUCUGUCCGUCUGCUUCACCUUCACCAUCACCAUCGGCACAUUUCCCGCCAUCACUGCCGACACCAAAUCCACCAUAGCUGACAGAGGCUCCUGGGACCUGUACUUCAUCCCGGUCAGCUGUUUCCUGCUCUUUAACCUGUGUGACUGGGGGGGGCGGAGCCUGACAGCUGUCCGUAUGUGGAUUAAUGGAGGGUUGAUAUCUGUGUGGUCUCUGUGAUUAGCUGACAGACUGAGGAGGAGAAAUGCGACUUGCAGUAAUUCCAAAAGGUAAAAUAGAACUAUGUUUUUUUAAUUGAAGUUUUUAUUGAGUUUUUUUUAAGGAAUAUUAAUACAAAUAAGUACAAAAGUCAAAAAAUACACAAAUAAACAAAAACCAAAACAGCACAGCAUCAUCUCUGCAGCGUUCAGAACAUCACUGAUUUACAGUCUUCUGUUGGGAUUUGGUGCUUUAUAAAUAAAAUUGACUUGACUUGACUCAGGGCACACACACA